AUGCAUUUUUCACUAUGGAAACCAUUAUCUUUUUGUCUUGCUUUAAUCUUGGACAAGCAGCCCAAAAAGUCAAAUGGGUCUGGUCAAAAUGAAAUCCAAGAAGAAUUUGAAGAUGAUGGGUCAGUUGGUAAGUACCAAGAUGAUAUAUUUGUGUCACAAGAAUCUAUUCCUGAUAUACAAGAAUCAUAUACAAACUUUUUGGCUAUAUAUCCUAAAUACAAGUCAACAGAAAAAGUUGACCUUUUGAGAUCAGAUGAAUAUUCUCAUAUAUCUGAUCAUCUUCCUAAGGUAUGUCUUGAUUAUUGUGGAUUUGGGCUUUUUUCAUUUGUUCAAAUAGUUCAUUAUUGGGAAACUUGUAGUUUUAGCUUAACAGAAAUAACUGCAAAUUUGACAAAUCAUGUACUUCAUGGUGGUGCAAGUGAAAAUACAAUGGAAUAUGAUAUAAAAACUAGAAUUAUGGAUUAUAUGAACAUUUCUAAGAAUGAAUAUGAGCUUGUUUUUACUGUUAGUAGAGGGUCUGCAUUUAAGCUUUUAGCCGAAUCCUAUCCGUUUGAUACCAAUAAGAAUUUGUUAACAAUGUUUGAUCAUGAAAGUCAAUCUGUGAAUUGGAUGGGUCAAUGUGCUAAAGAGAAAGGGGCUAAAGUUCAAACUGCUUGGUUUAAAUGGCCAACUAUUAGUCUUUGUUCAAAUGAUUUGAGAAAACUAAUUAUGUCGAAAAAGAGAAAGAAGAAGAAGGGAUUGGGUACGGGCCUUUUUGUUUUUCCGGUUCAGUCUAGGGUCACUGGUGCGAAGUAUUCGUACCAAUGGAUGUCUUUGGCUCAGCAGAACAAUUGGCAUGUUUUGUUGGAUGCAGGGGCAUUGGGCCCAAAAGAUAUGGAUUCCUUAGGGUUGUCUUUGUUUCGACCUGAUUUUAUUAUCACGUCGUUUUAUAGAGUAUUUGGGUAUGACCCGAGUGGAUUUGGAUGCCUUCUGAUCAAGAAGUCUGUGAUUGGAAGUCUGCGCAACAAGCCGGGUCAUACUGGAUCUGGGAUAGUCAAGAUUAGUCCUGUUUUUUCUUUAUACCUUAGUGAUUCCUUUAAUGGGAUUCAAGAAAAUGAAGAUGGAAAUGGUGAAGUACCCGGAAAUCAGCCAGGCCCAAAGUUGCCUGCUUUUUCCGGAGUUUACAAUUCUGAUCAAGUGAAAGAAGUGUUUGAUACGGAGAUGGAUAAUGAUAAAGACUCUGAUUUUGAAGAAAGUGGGAGCAUUUCGGUUGGAGAGGUGAUCAAGAGUCCAGGAUUUAGUGAAGAUGAGUCUUCUGAUAACUCGUUAUACAUUGAUUUGGGUCAAAGCCCGUUGGGUUCUGAUAAUCUUGACAGCUCAAUCUCACCUGUUCCACCGGGUUGGUUUAGUAGCACGAACAAGAAUAAGCACCUUACUUCUAAGAAAGCAACCUCAAAGAUCACAAAUAGUCCUACAGAUUUGUUGAAUUCUCAAGAAUUGGAUCUAUCAAAUGGUCACCACAUUCAAGAGAUUGAAGAAGUAACUGAAUCCAAAAUAACCACCUUAAAUUUAGAGAGUGCCAUACGAAGAGAAACAGAAGGCGAGUUUAGAUUAUUGGGAAAUAGAGAAGGGAAUAGAUUUUUGGGUGAUAAAGAGGUUCUUUUCUUGGACGCAAAAGUUGAAGACGACGAUUAUAUGAUCGAUGAAGGCUAUGAAAGCCCUCAAGAAUCAAGCAGACGAGAACCAGAGAUAUCAUGUCGGCAUCUUGAUCAUGUAGACAUGUUAGGCCUUAACAAGACAACUCUUCGAUUAAGGCUGCUGGUAACUUGGCUCGUGACUUCACUGCUGCAGUUAAGAAUUCAAUCAAAUGAUCAAGUUAACACGCCACUUGUUCAUAUUUACGGUCCAAAAAUCAAACUUGAAAGGGGGAAUUCAGUGGCAUUUAAUGUCCGAGACAAAAACAAACGGUUAAUCAAUCCUGAAACCGUACAGAAGUUAGCAGAGACAAAUGGGAUCUCUCUUGGUAUCGGAUACUUAAGCCAUAUACGAAUGGAGGGUACAGGAGACGACCAUAAGAGCAGAGUGAUUCGGGUUGAGGUGGUGACAGCUUCUUUGGGAUUUUUAACCAAUUUUAGUGAUGUAUAUAGAUUAUGGGCAUUUGUUGCAAAGUUUCUAAAUCCAGGUUUCAUUAAUAGUGGACUAUCAACUGUUGUUGAAGAUGAAUAAAGCUUAGAUAUAUUGUAUCUUUGUGAA